UUCAUCUCUCCUCAGUAAGUACAUUGUUACAUCUGAGCACCAUGUGUUUUUAUUUUUACCAGUAUUUAAUUUUAUUAACAUACUACUUGAUAGUAGAUCAAGAUCACCAAUUAAAUUGAUACAAUGUUUUCGAAAUUAGACUUCUAACGUCGCCGAAUUUUUUAAUAGUACCUACUUAACUAUUGUUGUAUGUUUUUCAAGUCCGAACUUCGCGCGUUCGAUUCGAUUACCUAUACCUAAUUUUCGUUUUCGUUUUCAAAAUCUUGUUACAAUGAUUGAAUUGGUGUUUUUCUUCCAAUACAUUUCGGAUCUCGUACUCUAUCAGGUCAACUUUAACCUACACUUGCACAAAGCCUGCCUUUCCAAUACAACGGACGUAAAGUCUUACAGAGAUUGCUAUAUCAACCUACGAGGAUUUAGUUUAGUCACGAAUUUCACAACUUAUUAUUCUCGUUUGGCUGUGUCAAUUCUGUGCGUACUUUAUGUAUCAUUAGCCAUAUCUUGGAGUGACAUAUCCGGUCGGCGUCGAAGACCACUCAUCUUCAUAGCGAUUUUCGGACAAAUCAUGAAGUCGAUCAGUGGCUUAAUAAAUCAUUUUUUCAAUACGAGUAUGGUAGUGACAUUCAUUUUCAAUAUGAUUUUCGAGUUAAUUGGAGGAAUAAAUAUGAUGUUCGUAGUGGCACAGAUUUACACAUGUGAGACGUCCACUGUAGGAAAUCGUACCAUGAGGUUGGGGCUGUUAUGGGUAGUUAGGCUAAUAUGUGAGGUAAUUUUCUACGAAAUCGCAGAAAAAUUUGCAUUAAAUUCUGGAUUUUACUACUCGUAUACCUUCUGUAUCGUACUGUCAAUUAUUGCGCUUGUACUGGCUACCCUUCUGAUCAAAGAUGAAUUUGUCGUUCCGGAGGUCGAGAAACCGAGUCUUUUGCAAUUGUUCGAUGUGACCCGAAUUGUCCACAGUUUCAAAUUGGUAUUUAAGAAAAGCCUAAGAAGUAAACGACUGCUUGUUUUGUUGCUAUUGAUCGCAUACGUUAUGGUGUAUUGUGUUUAUGAAGGCGAAAAUGGAACUGCUGCUCUUUUUCAUAUUCAUUUUCAACAAGCGUACAAACGUAGAGUUGACUCGAUAUCGGUUACCUUCGCUAAAAAUCUUUCAAUUAUUUUCAACACCUUGCUUUGUUGUGUAAUCCUGAGUAAAUGCUUGAAAAUCCGAGAUGUUUCGAUCGGAAUUUUUGCUGGCAUCUGUAAUCUCAUCGGAGUCAUUCUGUAUUUCUUGGUUGGUAACAUAUGGCACGUUUAUAUUGCGACGAUGUUGAAUGCCUUUCAUGGUGUGAUAUUAUUCACCAGUGUUUCUUUUUUGACCAAAUUUUACGAUGGUAAAGAAUUUGGAAGGUUGUUUGCUGUGCUUAAUAUCUUCUAUACCUUUGUUUUAAUCAGCGAAUGGGUAUAUACAAUGGUUUUUGCAAAAACUAUCAACUGCUUUGUCGAGGCUGUAUACAUAAAUAGUUUUUCCUUGGAUGUUACAGUUUUAUUGCUAUACUGCAUGUCGUUCAUGUUUUGGCGAUUGGUAAGUGAUCCUGCUUACAGUUCCAUGGAAGAAUCUCAUGUUUAUGAAAACUGAUCAAUGUUUUGUACACAGAAAAUACAUUCUGGUACCUAGUACCUAUUCGCAAAAAAAUAAUAUUUUGCAUUUAUUUAGACUAAGUAAUUUUUUAUACAUCAGGUAUACCUACACAUCUACCUAUACCUAGGAAUAUACAUAUAAAUAUUAGGUAGGUAACUUAUUUGGUACAGGGUGUCCAGAAAUAUCGUGAACCCCAAAGAAAGUUUUUUUUAUUAAAAACAUAGGUUGGCAACGUAAAAUAGAUGCAUAUAAUAAAUUGGUGGAAUGUUAUCACCUUUGUCUAACAACCAAUCAUGUGCUAUCAUUAUUAUCAUUCAGUGUGAUCAACCGCGCAAAACAUAUAGCAGAAAACUUUUUAAAGGGUUCACGAUAUUUCUGGGCACCCUGUGGCCUGUAUGUAAUUUGUACCUAUUUUAUAAUUUUUCUCAAUUUUGUUUCUAUCGAACCAUCUUUGAUGGUAAAUUCUGUUUAUAUUUUCAAUCAAUUAACUCCUCAUCAUGUUAGUCGUUUGAUCGCGAUGAUGAGGAGGUAUUUUUAUAAAUUUGCUCGAAACUACCCAGUGAUUCCAGACAUUGAGGUAAGUAGUGGUGUUGAUUAAUCGAUAUAGAUAUCGAUUAAUCGAUAUAAAGUCAUAUCGAUAUCAUAUCGAUAUAAAUUUCCAUAUCGAUAUUCUCAAAUUAUUUCGAGGACAAUGCUCAAAACACACAUAAAUUGAACUUUUGAAUGGAAAUUUUUCAAAAUUUUGAGUGAGCACAUCAGAUUUUUGAAAAUUAUUUAUGUUUUACGCUCUAUAAUUUGGUUUUUUCUUGAAAUCUCUAUAAUAGAUUGUAUUACGACGAAACUUCGAACUGAGUUAGUUAAUUUUUAAGGUAAUAAAGUAUAGAAAAUCCAGCAUUGAAAAAUAUCGAUAUAUAUCGAUAUGUAUCGAUAUCUCGAGGCAAAUAUCGAUAUGAUAUCGAUAUAAAAAAUUUUAAAAUAUCAACACCACUAGAGGUAAGUCAAUCCUACAAAAGUGUACUUAAAAACUAGUGCUGUCGCUAAAGGUCUUAUUUAUUGGGGGACCGCAGGAGAGACAGUAAAUGCGUACAGUUGUUUGAGAUUAUUCAUUAAUCGAUCCCUUUAAUCCUCCUAAAACUGAUUGUAAUUACCUAAUCGUAAUUACAGUCAGUUUUACAUCUUUCAAUGGCCUAGAGAACCAUUGAAUCUCUUUACGUUCUUCCACAAAAUGUAUAGGAAACUCAAUUUAUUGUGUUUGCCUUUUAGUCCCCUACCACUUGUGUGGUAUAAGGAGUACCUUAAAAAAGUCUUCUAUGACCGGUGAGCCACCUUGCAUAGGCGUAACUGGCUUAAGUCCUCCGAAUAAUUAUAUCAUAGAUGUUGUAUUAUUUAUUAAUUGCAAUAAAUUAUGUA